AAGCGAAUGCUGUGUGCAUGUACAGCUGUUUGGGAAGUGGAGUCAAUUACUGUAAUCAUCAGAAUCUAAUCAAACUGACAUGUCUUCGCGCCCAAAGGCCGUCAAAACAGGCACUUCACUUCCGGUGUGUAGUUGCAGUUGAUUGACAUGUCUCGCAAAAGCCAGUCACAAAUUUUGUAAAAUGGCGGCUUACGGACCUUACGUGAAACACAGCCGUCUGUGACCUUCUAGGUCAGUUCAUGUUUAGUGAAACCGUUAAUUACUUUAGUACUCGCGGCCUUCAAAAACACAGUUAUACUGUAAGCUCUGCAUGUGAGAAAGUUCAAUAAGUUUGAAAUUUGUGAGAGAAUAUCGCAGUGACCGUCUACAAUAUGCGUGAAGGUUUGAGAUGGUUAUCUUGCAGAUUCUAACAAGUGACAGGAGAGCAAUUUAUAGCGGUAACACCGAAUGUGAUUUAAUGCAUCUGGAUGUGAUAUGAAGUUAAUGAUCUGAGGCGAUCUGCACUUUGGCUUUUAUUGCUGGCUCAUUAUUGUGACUUGAAAUCCGUCAAGUUUGGUAGUCGUUCGAUCCACGCUUGUGAAUGAAGUUGUCCCUCAAAGUUGAACUUACAGAAUAUUGGAGAUCAAUCGAUCUGUUUGAAUUACAGAUUUAUCACAGGUGAAUCAAGGAGCAGAAGUUUCUUACUUCACUGGAAGCAUCUUUACACUAGAAUUCUUCAUCUCUUUCGGAGGCGCACUUUACUCAACAUGAAUGCAAACCCAAACAUCCAAGUUCAGGCUGUAAAUCCAACCAGACAAGAGAAAAAAUCUUCAAGUGAUCUCCCUCUAGAUUUCACAGAAACAGAAGAUCUGGAUGCCAGAGAUGAGCUAAGGGAGCGAGAGCUCGAAGAAGCUCGAGCCAGGGCGAGUCAAAUGGAGAAGACCAUGCGAUGGUGGUCGGACUGCACAGCAAACUGGCGUGAAAAAUGGGGCAAAGUUCGCGCUGAGAGGAACAAAGCUAGGGAAGAGAACCGACAGCUAAAACUUAAGCUUGAAGCUGCAGUGAAAGAAAUUUCAAACUUAAAGCGUGAAAGGAUUGCAGCGCAAGAAGUUCAAGUUAAACUGGAAAAGGAAAACGAGAAACUCGAAAGGGAAUUGAAGAAAGACAAGCGUUCGAUUCCGUCCGCUCGCGUCGAACCUUCGCUGAAAGGGGAAUCGCCCGAUUUUGUGGACGGUGGACUUGAAAAUUCCAGCGUUUAUGAAACUACAGUGCCCAAAUUAGGAGCCGAGAAACAGUUUAUUGAACAAAUACUUCAAAAGAACGAGUAUUACGAGGGUCAAGGUGACGAUGCAAAUUCGUUUGAAAGAAGUCAUUCGGUUCCCGCUGACGAACGGAAAAGAAGCCGGCCAAAUGCCAGAAAACAGAAAUCCCAUGAUCAUGGUGAAAAGCAGGUUGAUGUGGAGAGCUCGCAGCAAUUUGUUCUAAUGCGAUUAAAGCUUGAACAAACGGAGAAACUGCUUUCUGAGGAGAGAAGGUUGCAGCUCUCAAGGCUCAGGAGCAGACACGAAAAAGAAGUUGGAGAGCUUAAUGCAGACUUAGAAGAUGCUUAUAAUUCGACAAACAGUUCUGCAAACACUCGCAAAAUCAAUGAACUAAGAGGGGAGAUUGAAAGAUUGCAAGCUGAGAACACACAGGAGUGGAGUAAACGUGAUAAGUUGGAAAGUGACAAGUUGGCCUUGGAAAGGGAGAACAAGAAGUUGAGACUGCAAAUUGAGGACUUGUCAUCUCAGUUGAGUGACUCAAGCAAAUCAUCUAAGGGUUUAUUAAGUGCUGAUGUCAAACAAUUACAGACCCAACUCGACGAGAAGAACAGGGUAAGUUUUUCUUUCAAGGCUGAGGAACUUAGCCACUCCAGAAAGCGGGUUGAGCAACAUGAAAAUGAAGUUAGAAAACUACGAACAAGAGUGGAGGAGCUGAAAGUAGAUUUGUCAAAGGCUGAAGAUGAGCUGGACUCACAAACAAGCAAUUUAAGAAAACUGCAGCUGUCGACCAACACUACCUGCAGUGAACAUGACCUAAGUAAUCUUCAUUUUAUGCAAGCUGAAAGACUGCAAAGCUUCACCCUAAAUAACUCUGGGAACAGUAGUCCUCCAAAAGAAGUACCCAAUAGGUUGAAAAGUGUUUCUAGAUUCAAAAAGUGCUCAUUAUUACUUGAAAGUGACCUAGGAUAUUGCAUGAGUGGCUUUAACAUCACGACGAAUCAGGGUAAUAGUCAAGGCUUCUGA